AUGCCGUUCGGCUUGAAGAAUGCGGGGGCAACCUAUCAGAGACUGGUCAACCGAAUCUUCGCUGAGCAGAUCCGCAGCACCAUGGAGGUCUACGUGGAUGACAUGCUAGUAAAGAGCCGAACGCCAGGCGAGCAUCUGAAAAACCUAUCGCUCAUGUUCGGCAUCUUGAAGGAUUACCGAAUGAGACUUAACCCGACAAAGUGCGCCUUCGGCGUAUCUUCCGGGAGAUUCCUCGGUUUCAUGAUCAGCCAGAGGGGUAUUGAGGCAAACCUCGAUAAAAUCAAGGCCAUAAUCGACAUGGAGGUGCCGAAGACACAGAAGGACAUCCAGAGCCUUACCGGACGAGUGGCAGCCCUCACUCGCUUCAUCUCCAAAGCCACAGACAAGUGUGGACCGUUCUUCAAAGCCUUGAAAGGGGGCAAACACCAUAUAGAGUGGACUGCCGAAUGCGAUAAGGCGUUUCAAGACUUGAAGGACUAUAUGGGCAGAGCACCGCUACUCUCCAAACAUCUUCCUGGGGAAAUACUCUCCUUAUACCUAUCGGUAUCCAACACUGCCGUCAGCUCAGUGUUAAUACGCAUACCUGAGAGGGCGGAGCUACCCAUUUUUUACGUCAGCAAGGCCCUUCAGGGGGCAGAGUCUCGCUGUAUUUACACAACAGCCCACAAGGCCUUUCGGCAGGGCUACUAUUGGCCAUCCAUGCACAGGGAUGCAAUCGCGAUGGUAAAAAAGUGCGACAAGUGCCAACGGUUCGGCAAUAUCCCGCACCUGCCUGCCGAACCCCUCACGCCAAUCGUAAGUCCUUGGCCGUUUGCCCAAUGGGGACUUGACCUAAUCAGACCAAUGCCGCAAGGCAAAGGACAGGUCAAAUAUGCGAUCGUUGCCGUGGACUACUUCACGAAAUGGGUUGCGGCUGAAGCCCUAACCACCAUAACGGCAGCGAGGGUCGAAGAAUUUGUCUGGACCAAUAUCUGUUGCCGCUUCGGCAUCCCAUACGCCAUCAUCACUGAUAACGGUAGACAGUUCGAUUCGGAGCUCUUCAGGCAGUUCUGCACUCGCCUCAAAAUCAACCUGUUCUUCGCCUCGCCAGCUCACUGGGAAACUCCCUUCAGCCUUGCAUUCGGCUCAGAGGCCGUUGUCCCAGUUGAGAUCGGUGAGUCUUCUUACCGAACGGAAAGCUUCGAGCCAAAGGCUAACGAGGCGGCACUCGCGUUGAGCCUGGAUUUAAUCGAGGAACAACGAACGGUAGCCAACCUUCAUAACGAGGCUUACAAACAGUGCGUCUCUCGGUACUACGACUCAAGGGUCAAACCGCGCUCCUUCAGAAUCGGGGACUGGGUCAUGCGCAAGGUUUCGCUUGCAACCAAAAACCCAACGGAAGGAACCCUCGGACCUUCCUGGGAAGGACCUUACGAAGUCAUCGGCAUCCUACGUUCCGGUACUUACAGGCUCCGAGGCACAGAUGGGAAAACCCUCGGUCACCCAUGGAAUGUGGACCAUCUCAAGAGUUAUUUUAAAUGA